AUGUCGGCCGAUCAGCUCAGCAUAUUGCGACAUAGACUCCUCAUCGAGAAGCUCCCGAUCACCUAUCGAGGCGUCAGCAGGCUCUGCAAUGUUCACGUCAAUGACGCCAAGAAGAUCUUGUUCGCGCUGCAUGAGCAAGCAGCAAGCACGUCGCGACCACUCGUAGCCACUUAUUUCCUCGCUGGCCAACUCAGCCCGGCCUCCAUCGCGCAAGACGAGCCCAUGACUGAGGAGACCGAUUCCAAACCUGCAGUCAAUGGAGGGCAAGGGAGUCAGACCUCUCAGGUCAAUGUUGCGCCGCUCGAAUUGCUACUCGAAGCCAAGCGCCAGCCAGAGCGAAUCACGCGCCGUGCGGCCAUCCUCGUUUCGCACGACGAGCUACAAGAGGCGAAGAAACGAUUUGAGAAUCUGUCGUCGUACCAUAUCUACAGCCUCUCGCCUGCAGCUGUACCGGAUCCAUCCGUGCUCACCACGAGCACAGCCGUCCUCAUCAGGACUGACCGAGCUUGCGCCAAAUCAUGGGCAAAUUCAGGAGAUGGUCAGACGCUUGGCUUGAUCUGGAAUCCCCAUCGCGGUAUGGCCCAGCCUGUACCCAAACGUCCCAUGGAAGAUGCAGCGGCGAAUCAGCCCGUCAAGAAAGUGGCAAAGACGAGCGCUGUUGGGGAAAGCAAGUCGAGCAAACCCGAUAUACCGAUCAAAACGGAGAAGCUCAAGGACAAGCACGUCGAAGCGAAACAGCCUGCUGAUAUAUUGGAUGGUAUCGACUUUGACGACGAGAUGGGACUCUCUUCCUCCCAGCACGCAUCGCCGAAGAAGAAGGUGCGGAAGACAAGGACCGUGCAGAAGCCGGUCAGGGUCAAGAACGAAAAGGGCGUAUGGAAGACAACGGGUAUGGAGGAUGUCGAAGAAUCCUACUCGGAGGACGAAGAGCCCGAGCACAAAGCGAUCUCCAAAUCGCCUUCCAACACGUCCAUCACCCCCAAGAGCUCCCAGCCCGCGAGCAGUAUACAGGAAACAAAACCGGCCGUCAAGAGAAAUUGGCCACCACCUAAGCCGACCGCUGCUCCCCCCAAGCCCCUUGCGACUGCGCUGAGCCAGAUGAUGGACAAGAAGCGCAGGGCAGAGACGAGCCUAGAGUCUCUGCUCAGCAAGCGUACUUCCGGCCAGAUCCUACUGCAACAGUCGUUCAGAGACGAAUCUGUGCCCUUGCUUGAGCUCUGCGAACACACAACACGACCGGCAUGCUCUCGACAUCUUCGUUCCUGCUCAAAGGUACACUUUCAGCUCAUUCGACGACCGCAGACCGACCUCAGCUUGGGCGCAUGCUCCUAUUUGUCGACAUGUCACCAUCCCAACUCAUGCCGGUACCUACACUACGACCUGGAGGAGCCGACUGCCAACACAAAGCCCUUUGCGCAGUCAGAGAGCAGCACAUCUGACGCGCUCACUGGACUGCGCUUGCCGCCUUCGCGUCUGAGGCCUCUAAUGCCAGCACAGUGGAUCGACUGCGACUUGCGCACGCUCGAUCUUACCGUGCUCGGCAAAUUCUCGGUCGUCAUGGCUGACGCGCCCUGGGAUAUCCGCAUGGACUUGCCCUACGGCACGAUGACGGACGACGAGAUGAAGUCCAUGUCGAUCGGAUCUCUGCAAGACGAUGGCGGCCUGAUGUUCUUGUGGGUCACCGGGCGGGCGCUCGAGUUGGGCAGGGAAUGUCUGAAGUCUUGGGCGUACGAGAGAGUUGAUGAGAUCGUCUGGGUCAAGACGAAUCAGCUUCAGCGAUUGAUCAGGACGGGCAGAACGGGACACUGGCUCAACCACAGUAAGGAACAUUGCAUCGUCGCCUACAAACGACCCAAAAGCUGGGGCAGAAGAAAGCCAACGCGAGACGAGCAGGACGCGCUGCUCUCGUGGACCCAUCGAGGCGUCGACUGCGACGUCAUCGUGAGUGAGAUGAGAGAGACAUCGCGCAAGCCGGACGAGAUAUACGAGAUCAUCGAGCGUAUGGCACCCAGCGGCAGAAAGAUCGAGCUCUUCGGUCGCAAGCACAACUUUCGCCCCGGCUGGCUCACCCUCGGCAAUCAGAUAGGCUCAGACUGCGUGCACGAUCCUCAUCUCGUCGAGCGCGUCAAUGUUCGCUACCCUGAUCGAGCUCUGAAGCUAGCAUCGAACGAAGACAACAGAGAUUGA